AAAUAAAUCACUUAUACCAGGUCUCAGUCAGCAUUCAGAUCUCGCAGCCUCUUAACGCGGUCACCUGCUUCUUUGAAAAUCCCCAAGUCUUUUAUAAUUGCGAAGACAUGUCGACGGCAGCAUUGGGGGUAAGUGCCCUUUUUAUGGUGGGAUGUUGCGCGAUUGCUCAAAUUGCUCGAGUAGUCACCCGCCGAGUGGUGUCCCGUGAGGGACUAGUCCCGAUCCUGAUCAAUGAGGCAAUCGCCGCUGCUGAGCUUUGCGCCUGCUGCUUUGAACUGAUCAUUGUGGCCGACAACUUUGGAGUGUCUAUGUACGCAGUCUGCUUGUUCCUCCUGACCAUCUGGUGGGGUCGCGUGUGGGGCGACGCCUCCGCCUGUCCGUACACCCACAUGGAGGAUGUGGUUGAGGGUCGCACCAGCUUCAAGGAGAUGGCCCUGCGUAGUUGGGCUGAGCUGAUGGGCGGUUGCUGUGUGUACCGGGUGGUGCAGCUUUUCUGGUGGCUGGAGCUGGCCGAGACUCACCGCGGACGGGCCUUCGAGGUCUGCAACGCCGACCUGCAGGUCAGCCCAUAUUUGGGCGCGGUCAUCGAGGGCGUGGCCACGCUUCUCUGCCGCUUGGCCUCGAAGACGAUCAGCGAAAAGGAGCCGCGGUUCGGGAGUUACAUUGAUUCCUUCAUUGGCACCAGUUUGGUGGUGGCAGCCUUCAACUUCUCCGGCGGAUACUUCAAUCCCGUCCUGGCCACAGCACUGAAGUGGGGCUGUAGAGGACACAGCCACCUGGAACACAUCAUCGUUUACUGGCUUGGGGCAUGUGCCGGUGCCGUGCUCUCCAUUCCGGUUUUCAGGCUGCCCGCAGUGCGACGCAUUCUUCUCGGCGAAGAGGCGGGGUCGAAGUCAAAACAGGAAUAAGCCCAUUGGAAUGCUUUUGUAUUUCAAAAAUCUGUCAAUACGUGGAAAUAUGUCGAACUCUGGCCAUGUCUGCUCGGGAGCAAAGCGUUAACCUGUUAGUGCCAUAGGACCGUAGUACGACUUUGAGGCACCCGGUUACCAGCGGGCACGAAGAGAAACAUUUUUAGCACACUUUUGAGCGUUGUUUACAUCUGAAACACGAAGUCACUACAGAUUUGUUCCCUUUUCUAGCUCCAGAGACCCCGGUUUUCAAAUUGACAGUUUGUUGUUUAUUUUUAAAUGUUGUUAAAUAUUUUAAUAUAAUAAUUAAUAAAAAUUAAUAUAAUUUUCUAAUAA